GUGUAGUUAUAAUGAUGGGCAACAGGUGGCGCUGGCGGGGCGGGAGAACAACGUUCAAACUAAGUUUUGAUCUUAUUGUACGAAAUGGAAAGAAUAAGUCAAUGUACAAAGACAAAGUCAAUUCUGAAUGUUCUUGGACCAAUUGCAAAUCAAGUAUUGGAGCUGAGGAAUAGGCAGGGUGUUGUCUGUGAUGCUACAACAGUGCUCAAAUUAUUGAAGCAAUGUCAGGACUUAGAGACGUCUUGUGCUUUGCUUGUGUCCCGUCUAGCUUUGUACGCAAAAUCAUGCAGGGACGAUGUGCUUUUGGACGAGAUCAAAAGAAUCAAAAUUCAGCUAGACAAAGUGACAGACUCACUCACUGAUGCCACAAGAGAUCUUCAUCGGGGAGAUGUUGGUGUAAGAGACAAUGAGGACGUGUGGGCAGGUAUUGUGGAAGACACAGAGCAGCUGCUAUCAACACUGACAGAGGCACUCCUGGCUUGGGAUCGUGCUCAGUUGCGCAAAGUGACUCGAGCACUGACACAUCUCCAGCAGUGCUUGCAUCGGCUGGAGCAGACGAGCAGUAUUCAACACCUUCCUGAUAAAUUCCAGCUUGUAGUAUCUGGAAGUGUAGAUUUGUUGAACUUACUGGAAGUACGUUGUGGAGAUCUCUACAGAAGAGCGCAGCGAGAAAGAGUGAGAUUACUGGCACUUCAGUUAUGUCACACUCUUACCCUACUUGCCUCAACUAGUGUUGCUACUAUUACCCAGCCUCUUAGUAAGCAUAUUAAGGCAAGUCAUGAAUUGAUAUCAAAUCGACUACAGGUGCUGUUGACUGACCUUCAAUACCAUGUAGGACUGGGUGAUGCUGAUUAUGAUAUGGAAGAAGCAGGUUCCUUCACAGCUUCUGUUGAUAAGGUGCUUGAACUACUGUUAGAAUCCCAAGAUAAGAGUAUUAGGUCUACUGGGAAAGGCACUCAGCCUUUAAGUGAGCAUGUGAAACCUCUAUUGGAGGAGGUGCUCCGUCAUGGUAUUGCUGUGGCAUACUGCAGUUCACCUGAUGAUAAUCACAUCAUUAUGUCAAUGUGUGAGAAUGUGUUGAAAGAACUGAAGAUUGUGGUGUCUUUAGAACGAAAUGGAGAACCUGAUGCUGUAGAUGUGCAGAUAUCUUGUGAUAUAUUGGCUGAUUCUGUGGAGUUACUUGAACAGAAGAUCAACACAGCCCUUAUUCGCCUCAUUACAAAGAAUUUUGCCGAUCCAAUGACUCCCAUUCAGUCUUUAAUGAAUAUGCUAAGUCCUGAGGAAAACACGACAGAUCGCAGUACACUUGACAGUUGCAUUGCAGACUUUGAUCUUCAUGUGGAUAGCAUCUUCCAAAUUGGAGGAUUUGCCACUUCAUGUACUUCAGAUAUCACAAGUAAGAUACUGUAUUAUGCCACUGAAAUUGUUACAAAACAAGAAGUACACCAGAUCUGGGCUGAACUGAAGGAACAACUUUACACUCAAGAUAUAACCUGGAUUCAAAAGCAAGUGUCAAGAGUAGUAAAUCUUACAUCUAGAAUCUUAACCUUACAUGAGAAGAAUGACUUUCUCACAGACUUACAGGCUGAGGAUUUACAAAUAGCAAUAAGAGAGAUGAAGCAGAGUGCAGAUGCAGUGAUAAUGUCUCCUACAAACUUGUCAUACCACCGUAGUCUGAUCAAGAGAGUGCAGCUCACACUUACUCUCCUCUCUCGUCUUGCAAACUCUCUCAAUGAAGACAAUAUCCAGCCAGAUGAGGACUUCACUGACACAGAAGAGCACCAUAAGAGGGUUCAGAGUAAGCCUGACAUUAAACUUACAAAAGCAGAAAAGGAGCAGCUGUGUACAUCAAACAUAAAGGAUAUUCACAUGGAUGUAGCCACACCAGCACCAGCUAUUUCCAAGUCACCUUCAGCAGAACUCAAUACUCCAUUAAAUCAGCAGCAGAAGUUACUGAGACGGUCCUCCCGAUCCAUAUCUAGGCUUGGUGAGGUCCGAACCAAGACUGGAAAUUCUAAUAUGUCUGGUCAUCACUCUCGCUCAUUACAAGCUUUAACCAGUGAAACUCUUGGCUGUGAUACUUCCAUCGAUAUCACAAAGUUCCUCAGUCGCUCUACCAAUGCAUUAUCAACUUCCACUCGAGCAUCCAGAAGAAACUUCACACUGAGGCUAAAAGAGAUAAACCUAGAUUUAAAUGGCGCAUUGAUGAUAAAAUCUAACCCUUCUACACAUCCUUCAGUGCACUCCAAGACUGCUCUAAUUAAUAGACAUCCCAAGGAUAUUACACCUGAAAAAGAAAUUACAGGUAUGAAUACAUCAAAAAAGCCACUGGGAACAGGAGGCAAGAUUUUUGCCAACAGUACAGCAGGAUUCUCUAAUAGCAUGGGGGAGGACUACCAUAAUAUUUCAAGACUGAAGGAAGUAUCUGACAUGAUAGCCAGGGAGGAGACUCUAAGAUUACCUUGUCAACAAAGUAUUGGUGAAGGACUUUCAGGCAUCUUGGAAGACCUGACAUCGAUAACCAGCAACUUUACAACCUUAACAACUCCAUCAUUGGGAAGAAAAAGAAAGUAUCAGUGGGAAAACUUUGAGGAUAACAAGGAAAAGUCAAUUCUUCAUAGAAUCACACUUAAGAAUGCCUCUUUUAAUCCAAAAUUCCCAGAAAUUGCAGUUGGAGAAGCUGCAGAGAUUUUUCAUGAGCACCCUUCAUAUAUAGAUCAGAACUAUAGUGAAGUUGAAAAUGACAGUGAAGAUCAUUUAGUAUGGAAGGACUUCACAGCUAUUUUGGAGAAAAAAACACCAGUUAAUAGUAGUAAAUUUGACUUCAGUAGUAAUUUCAGCAGUUGGCAACAUCAUCAGACACCUAUUUCAUUUUCAGCAUUUAGAAAGAAAAUGGCAGCAAGUGAUUCUACCAACUGUGUGCACAAAUUAGCUAAAACUGUAGCAGAUUUGAGUGACACACCAUUUCUUAACCCAUCUGUAUCUAUUCCAACAUCAUCCUCAAGAAUUUGUAACCUAUCAAAUUCUGUAGGUACAUCCUCUAGCUGCUCUUUUAGCUCAUCUAGUGCAUCUGUGAGCACUCCACAAAGACUUGAGGAUCUCCAGAUUGUUCACCAAAGGCUUACAUCUCUUAGACGUUCUUUAAAAUAACUUUAAACUGCUCUUAUUUUUGAGCAUACCUUUAUUAUUAUAAUCAAGACUAAGUGCUAAACCCGUAAGUCAUACAGCACUGUGGCAUACAUCUACAAUAACAUGAUCCCAAGUGUAAAAAAAUUAUCUUGCUUCACACACCAGAGGCCAGGAAAAAAUUGAGAUAGCUACUUUCAUUUUAUAAUCCUCUUAUUUGAUUGAUUAUUAUAUCUUGUGUAUGGCUUUGAUGUUACUGAUAUUUUUUUUUUUCAUUCAUCAUUCCUUGGCAUUACUAAUACAUUUUUGUCUCAAACUUUGGCAAGAUUAUUUGUGUCUUUGUAAGUAGCAAAAGUAUUAUGUGGUAGUGUUAGGCAUUUAUAGUGCAUUAGCAAACACAACUUUUGAUUUCAAGUAUCUUAAAAGCUUAAUUUAUAUGCAGCAUUUUGGACAAGUGUAAUUAUAAAAGGUAUUACAGGGUAGGAAUUAUAUGACUUAGAAAUAAAAUUUUCAUACAAUCACAGCACUGGGUUUUAUGCACAAUUUGAAAAAUGCUGCAAGUUGUAAAUAGAAUAUUAUUAUAAUCAUGGGAGAGUGCUAAACCCGUAGGAUUAUACAACGCUUGGGAGGGGGGAUAGAAGGUAUUCAGACUCAAUUCAGGGAACCAGAGCACAGAUUCAAUUCCCUAGAUCAAGAGCCCCUCACCAGCAUCAAGGAACCUCCUUUUAGGGGGUAACUAAUAAUGUGUAACAUUUGGGCAUUACUACUGACACUACAUAUGACAGACCUAAAGCAGUACAACUAUCACAUCAAGUAGGCUUCAUUGUUUUCAUGUAGUAGCAAAAGCUUUUUCAUCUUAUUUCUACAUUCAUGGGGGAGGGAAGGCAUGAAAGUCAUAGGGAUCACACAGCAUCUAGAGAACGGGAAGCAAUGAUAGAUCCAAUUCCUUGGAUCAAGAGCCUGUCACCAGCAUCAGGUACUGUCAUUGAGGGGCUUUCUGUGAAUAACAUACAGCACUGUAUGACGCUUGUGGGUUUAGCACUUAGUUCUGAUAAUAAUAAUAAUAAUUACAAUACAAGAUUGUCUCAAAUUCUAUAGUGACAAACUUCCCAUGAAAUAGUAUUUUGAUUUCAGUAUUAUAAUAAUUAAAAACAAAAGCUAAACCUACAAGGGUCAUACAGCACUGCUUUGACUUCAGUGGUAAUGUACACUUUGUUAAAUUAGUCAAUUGUGAUACAGAGAAUAUUACUUUGAGAAAUAAUUUCUUACAUGAAUGCUCUUAAAUGAUUUCCAUGUAGCUCAAAGAUGAGUCUACGCUCUUCAGCUUUCAUGAAAGGGUUUGUCUAUGUACAUUAAAAAAAAAGGGGGGGGGGGGUACAAGAGUUGAAAAGAUGAGUUAACAAUUCUUUUAUUUUCAGACAAAUUUAAACAAGGAGUAAAACUCUUUAAUAAAGUAGCUGUAUAGUCCUUGUGGCUUAGCGCUUCCUUUUGAUUAUAAUAAUAAUAAUAAUUUAAUAAAGUUGUACAUAUGAAUCUAAAAUGAUUAGGACUAUUUUAACUUAGUAAAAUAUUGUGUGGGCAGCGAAUUCACUUUAACCCUUGAGAAGCCAAUGUUAAAUUGUGAUGUCCCUCUGUAGUGUCUGUUUUUAAAGCCCAUGCUUUUCCUGUUCAUUGUAUUGUACUUAAAUUUCAAGUAAUAGGUGAAGGCACAUUAUUUAAUCAACAUUUAUACAUGACUGUCAAGAGUAAGAGUGAUUUACUAGUUAAAUAUACCUACAGCGUUUGGUCUAGAAAAUAAAUGCAGUUUUGGUUUGACAUGGAAUUAUGUUUUAGCAGUACACUGUAUUUUUAUUCAAUUUAAAUUUUUUGUACCCUUUAAUCAUGUAAUUCAUUAUGUAUAAAUGUACUCACUUAACAUUAACUUUUAUCGGGUUUUUUUUUCUACCCUAACCAGUGAUGAGAUAUUUUUAGUGUUGCAUGUUAAACUUGUUUAUUGUGAUUUAGUUAGGAAUGAUUUAAGAAUUUGACAUUAUCCUUUACAGUCUUCUAUAUAUUUGUUUACUCUGUAAAUACCAGUAAAAUACUUUUUCUAAUAAUUUACAACAGUGUUAGAGAAGAAAAUUCCAGAAUAUGGAUGAGAAAAAAUCCAAGAUACAAUAUAAAAGAUUAUGGGGUAUUGUAUAAUUUUUAAAACCAGCCAUCUCCCACUACAGUUAUGACGUCCCCCCCCCCUCCCCCAAAAUGAAUUCACUCAAUUGCUACCUUGCCACAAAUGUGCUGGCAUUACAAUUUGGACGACCCUCUGAACUGCAACAUCCUCAAACUGCUAGUGCAGGCACUGUACCUUUUUUACCCUUAUCCAUAAUGUGAAUCGCCUUAUCUUUUAUAGAUCCUAAAUACAGUAUAUGAAGGAUGAGGUUAAUCAUAGAAUUGAUGAGGGAAAAAAGGUGAGUGGUGCAUUGAGGUAUGUGUGGAGACAAAGAACGUUAUCUAUGGAGGCAAAGAAGGGAAUGUAUGAAAGUAUAGUGGUACCAACACAUAUGGGUAUGAAGCUUGGGUUGUAAAUGCUGCAGCGAGGAGGUGGUUGGAGGCAGUGGAGAUGUCCUGUCUAAGCGCAAUGUGUGGUGUAAAUAUUAUGCAGAAAAUUCGGAGUGUGGAAAUUAGGAGAAGGUGUGGAGUUAAUAAAAGUAUUACUCAGAGGGCUGAAGAGGGUUUGUUGAGGUGGUUUGGUAAUUUAGAGAGAAUGGCUCAAAGUAGAAUGGCAUGGAGAGCAUAUAAAUCUGUAGGGGAAGGAAGGAGAGGUAGGGGUCAUCCUCAAAAGGGUUGGAGGGAGGGGGUAAAGGAGGUUUUGUGGGCGAGGGGCUUGGACUUCCAGCAAGCGUGCGCGAGCGUGUUACAUAGGAGUGAAUGGAAACGAAUGGUAUUUGGGACCUGACGAGCUGUUGGAGUAUGAGCAGGGUAAUAUUUAGUGAAGGGAUUCUGGGAAACUGGUUAUUUUAUAUAGCCGGACUUGAGUCCUGGAAAUGGAGGGGUUUGGGAUAUUGACAUUUUGGAGGGAUAUGUUGUGUAUCUUUAUACGUAUAUACUUCUUAACUGUUGUAUUCUAGGCACCUCUGAAAAAACAAUGAUUAUCUGUGAGUGAGGUAAAAGUGUUGAAUGAUGAUGAAAGUAUUUUCUCUUUGGGGAUUUUUUCUUUCUUUUUGGGUCACCCUGCCUCAGUGGGAGACAGCCAACUUGUUAAAAAAAAAAAAAAAAAAAAAAAUCUUCCCCCAAUCUUUCAUUGCCUAGGUUUUCUUUAUUUCUUUCAUCACUUAGCCCUUUUCUUUUAAUUUCCUUCAAUUACAUACUUUCUUAAAUUCAUCCACCAACCUUGCAACUUCAGAAUGUCCCAAGAGUUGUAGCAUCAGCAAAAGCAAAUGUGAUAACUCCCACAUUCAAAUUCAUUAUCCUUUACUCCCACACCUCUAUAACACCUAAGCACUUGCUCCUUACAACCCCAUCUGUAAAUAUGCUAAACCAUGGUGACAUCACACAUCCUUGUAAUCCCUGCUUUUACUGGAAAAUAAUGCCCCUCCUGCAUAUCCUAACCUGAGCCUCUAUCCACAUAAAAUCUCUACUGCUUUUAAUAACCUACUAUUUGGUUUAUUCAUUUGCAACAUUAUCCUAUCAUAUGCCUUUAUCUAUUGUCUAGUUGUAUGCUUCAAUAUACCAUUAACACUGUCUACACAUCCCCAACCCUUCCUAUUAUUAUUAUUAUUAUUAUAAUCAAGGGGGAAGCGCUAAACCCGGAGGAUUAUACAGCGCCUGGGGGAUGGGAUGUGGAAGGCAUUCAGGCUUAAUUCGGGGAACUGGAGCACAGAUCCAAUUCUCUAAAUCAAAAGCCCCUCACCAACAUCAAGGAACCUUCCUUGAGGGGCCAACCCUUCCUAAACUUUUGUUUCUCUGCAGUCCUAUUGUCUUCUAGUUUUUAAUAAUUAUUCUAUUGUACACUUUAUCCAGUAUACUCAAGAGGCUUAUUACUCUAUAUUUCUUACUCUUUCUUUUUUGUCACCUUUUUACCUUUAUGUAAAGGAAGGAUGCUUGUGCUCUGUCAAUCCCUUUGUACCCUUCCUCCCUCUCGUGUGUAUACCGAACAAAUAUACCAACCACUCCAAGAGUAUUUCACCACCUGCUUUUUUUUUUUUUUUUUUUUUUUUUCAACAAGUUGGCCGUCUCCCACCGAGGCAGGGUGACCCAAAACAGAAAGAAAAUCCCCAAAAAGAAAAUACUUUCAUCAUCAUUCAACACUUUCACCACACUCACACAUUAUCGCUGUUUUUGCAGAGGUGCUCAGGAUACAACAGUUUAGAAGCAUACACAUAUAAAGAUACACAACAUAUCCCUCCAAACUGCCAAUAUCCCAAACCCCUCCUUUAAAGUGCAGGCAUUGUACUUCCCAUUUCCAGGACUCAAGUCUGACUAUAUGCUUCUUAUAUCUGCCUUAAUUCCAUCUGUCCCAACUGUUUUACCCUUUUCAUUUUACACACUGCCUCCAGCAACUUCCCCAUACUCCUAUCUAGCCCUUUCCUAUUCCUACAAGAUGUACAUCCCUGAAUGAAAUCGCUGCAUCCCUUCAAUAUUUAACAGCUCCUCUCAAAAUAUUCCUUCCAUCUUCCCAGUACCUUCACUUUCCAUUUUUGCUGCCAAAUUCAUUUGAAUGCCUUAAACCAACACAUCCAGUCAAUUACAUUUCUUUAGCCACCAUUAUAACCAGAUUAAGAUUAAGAUUAAUGUAGUCUCAGGAUUUUUAAUAUGGGCACUGAUUAGAUAGUCCACAACACAUUAGAACAAGAAAACAGCAUCACUGCACAAUUCGAAAGAGCUAUCCAGAAUAGUAGUUCAUACAAAAAAGGGUACAAGUAAGAGUCACUACUACUGGUGGUUAAUUUAGAACCAAUCAAUAAGAAAAAUGGCAGAAACACAAGUGAUUUCAUUGUCUCAUUCCUGACCACAAUACAGUGCCAUGUGGAGGAAUAUAGAAAAACAAUACCAGCUAAAAAAAUUUACUGAAUUACAGUACCAUAGUACUGUUAUUUUUAGAGGGAAGUGCUAGACCACAAGGGUACAUACAGAACUUGUGGAAUGGAAGGCAGCAAACAGGUUUGACCCAAGGAAAGGUAAGGACCUAUUCCUCCAGUUAACCUAGUUUCUGA